UGAAACGGAACCGUUUGCUCAAUUCUGGCAUUGUUAUCCGUCUAAAAUAGUCUUUUCUUAGUGUUUUCAUCAAGAAAGACAUUGAAAAUUACAAUUUAAAAUUACUAGAAAUUUACAAGACCUAUAUAAAUUAGUUAAGAUACAUGUGCCUUAGUAAAAAUGAUGUUAAGUCUACAAAGGUCAACACUAGAACAACAUAGAAAAUUCCUACAAAGACUAUGCCGCACAUGUGGAAAGAAAACGAUGAAGGAGAGUGAUGAGGCAAAGGGAAAGAAAGCCAAACUUGCAGCUGUGUACGAGGACAAAAUCAAGAAUGUAUUCAGAGUAGAUUUACGUGAUGAUGAUAAUGUUAAUGUGCACCCUCCUCAUAUCUGCCAUGUAUGCUACUCAAGACUGUUUCUGAGGAGGACGCAAGCUGCAGACCCACAGCCACUUCUUUGGCAGCCUCAUCCCCGAACUGGACAGUGUUCAAUAUGCAGCGACUGCAAUGAACAAUCCAAAGGUGGAAGGCCACCAAAGUCAAUUCAUCCAGGUCGUCCCAAGAGUCAACCCAUCACCAUUGACAGCCACUUUGAGCAACUUCGUUCAUCUAUGAGCAAUGCCUCAAUUCUGAAUACUGCUGACUUGAGCAAGUUUUCAGCUACCUGCUGUACAUUUCUUUGUAAACUUUGUAACAAGUUAUUACGCUUCCCUGUUGCUACACCAUGUGAACAUGUCUUCUGCACAGCUUGUAUAAGGGCCAUCUACACAAAGGAGAACAAAGUCAAGUGUCCUUGUCCCAUUUGUGACUCACUCACCCACUACAAACAGAUAGACAAUGUAAGAGCUUACUUUUGGGAAACUCUUAACAAGAGUAGCUUGAAAUGCAACUAUUGCAACAUAGUGCUGCCUCUGUCCGAAAUUGAAGGCCACAAGUGCAACCUCAUCCUUGAUCUCUCCGUCAGCAGGGAGAUACAUGAUGCACUACAAGAACCACUCAUCACAACCCCCUUAUCUCAAACACUAGAGAAACUAGGCACGAGAAUACUAAAAUCGAAAUUGGCACAAUCAUCAGAUGGCAUAUCAGCAGCAUUCAAGACAGGGGGACAGGUAGGUAUUUAA